UGGUUCACCAUCGAUGAGCCUUGUUGUUCUUCUGUCUCUGAAGACACAUAUUAAAUAGCAAAAGCAAAUCUCACAUAUACUCAGUUUAUUUAUUAUUGUUCAACGGUUCAAGUGUGUUUACCCAAAACAAAAACAAUCCAAUAUUACAGUCUAAAAUAUUAUGUUUGAGACGAAUUUUUAUUUAACGAAAUGGUUGUGCCUGUGGUUUAUUGUUUUGAGUAUUCUGGUUCUCGUUAUCAAUGCUCAAAAUAGUUUUUACAUUGAUCAAGGACGUUACGAAACGGAAGACUCAAUUAUUUUAGAAGUACCUGAUUCAUUACGCGCCAAACGUGAUUUAUCAACGAAUGAAGCUGAAAUUCAUCGUGAUGGAAAACAAUUUGAACAAAUUUUAGUUGAAACCGGCCCAUGUUACAAUAAUCGUGGCCAGUUAGGAAAAUGUACCGCUUUCAAACAAUGUUACCCAUAUUUUAAGUUACCCGAAUUAAGUAAUUGGGAAACAUGGAUCUUUGGAAUGUAUGACACAUGUUCGUAUUACUCCGACAGUGGACGACAAAUGUAUGGAGUAUGUUGUGUAAAUCCAACGCCAGUGAAACCAACCAAAAAACCAGUUAUUAUCGAUCCAAUAAGCGAUAAUUUAAUAAAUGGUAGUGCUUCGGAGAAAGUUUUAAUAAAAGAACCAGUUACAGUUUUACCAUUGCAAGCAAGUUGGCCACCAACACACCCUCCAUUACCCACUCAUCCUCCAGAUCACACAAUACCACCUUUACCAACCCAUCCUCCAUCACCUGGAUAUCCAGUUCAAACUCAACCUACCCCUGCCCCUCAACCAACUUGGUCCACACAGAAACCAAUUACAAUGGCUACACGACCACAAUGGCCUCCAAGUGUACCGACGCUAGCCACUCCAAAACCGACUACGCCUAGACCAGUUAACGUUGUACCAGUAGAUGCAUCAUGUGGAGCCAAAAAUGGGUAUCAAGAUCAGGAAAGAAUUGUGGGAGGACAUAACGCAGAUAUUGGGGAAUGGCCUUGGAUUGCAGCCUUAUUUAAUGGUGGACGACAGUUUUGCGGUGGAUCGUUGAUUGAUAACAUGCAUAUUUUAUCAGCUGCACAUUGUGUAGCCCAUAUGAGCUCUUGGGAUGUAGCACGGUUAACGGUACGUCUUGGAGACCACAAUAUUAAGACGAAUUCCGAAGUAAAUCAUAUUGAAAAACGUGUAAAACGGGUAGUUCGGCAUCGUGGAUUCGAUUCCCGGACCUUGUACAAUGAUGUAGCAAUCCUCACAUUAGAUUCACCAGUACAAUUUAGCCGACAAGUACGACCAAUUUGUUUGCCAUCUUCAGGAGGUACAUUCGCUGGUAAAACUGCCACAGUUAUUGGAUGGGGUAGUUUACGAGAAAGUGGACCACAACCAGCAAUUUUACAAGAAGUAAAUAUACCAAUUUGGUCGAAUGGUGAAUGUCGAGCUAAAUAUGGUCCAGCCGCACCCGGUGGUAUUGUUGAACAUAUGUUAUGUGCGGGUCAAGCUAGUCGUGAUUCAUGUAGUGGCGAUAGUGGUGGACCCUUAAUGGUAAACGAAGGUCGAUGGACUCAAGUGGGCAUUGUUUCAUGGGGUAUUGGCUGUGGUAAAGGACAAUAUCCUGGUGUAUACACAAGAGUUACACAUUUCUUACCUUGGAUAAAUAAAAAUUUAAAAUAAUUUUUAA